GAGUGAGUUAUCUUGUGGGUCAGUGUCGGGUCUUUGCUGCUGCUUGUCUGAAGGAGAUGCAAAGAUGGCUGCCAGCAACUAUUUCGGUUUCACCCAUGCCGGUCCUCAGUACAGUACCCAGCAUCCCCCGGCCUACUCCCAUCCGUCUACAGUCAGUUACACUGUCCAGCAGGCUUCAGCUGUGGCUCAUGCAGUGACUGCAUCCUAUUCUCCAGCCCCUGUUCAAACAGCUCGACCUGUGGCUUCUGCCACUUACCCUGCCUAUCAGACUCACCAGGGCCCGCCUGACUAUGGCUACAGACAGCCUGACCCCCCAGCCCCUGCCCAGCCUACUACUACACAACAGACAUACCAGGUAUACACGGACACGGAUAACUACAGCUAUGGGCGAUCUGCUGCUGUGACUGCUUAUGACAGUAAACGGUACUACCAGACAAGUGUAGCCUCAGCUCAGAGGUCACCCACAGAGAACUAUUACCAAACUGCAGUAGGUGUAAAGACAGCUUACAGUCCAGCACCUUCUACAGUGUACAACCAGCCACCUCCUCCCCAAAGGCAGGUAACAGCCCUGAAACCUGUGGUACCAUCCAGCUCUGUGUCCACCAGCUACAACAUCUAUCCCGUGUCCACCAGUGUUCAGCAGUCUCAAACCCCAGUAUCAUCCUACACUCCAGGCUCCUCCUUCAGCUCCACGGUUUCAGCCACCUCCUACUCAGGAAUGAACUACUCCAGUUAUGAUUCAAGUGGCUACACGUCAACAUCCACUGCUUCCUAUUACCAGCCACCUCAGCAAACUGUCUCAAAGCCUCAACCUCCACUGCAGAAGUCCCAGCAGUCCCAUCCUCCCACUCAGCCACCACACAAGCAGCUGACACGCUCUUCCUGGAGCAACUCAGGCAGCAACAUGGUGGUAGCGCCUGCUGGGAAUACCUACAAAAAGCCCAUGUUUCAUCAGAGCAAGCUGCAGAAGCCCAAAGGGCCUCCCAAGCAACCACAGCUUCAUUAUUGUGACAUUUGCAAAAUCAGCUGUGCAGGGCCUCAGACAUACCGGGAGCACUUAGAGGGCCAGAAGCAUAAAAAGAAAGCAGCAGCCCUUAAAUCUGGAGGGCAAACAGGACCCAGCAAUGGGCCUAGAGGAAUCCAGACCCAGUUACGUUGCGAGUUGUGUGAUGUUUCAUGCACUGGAGUGGAUGCCUACGCUGCUCAUAUUCGUGGGGCCAAGCACCAGAAGGUGGUGAAACUUCAUACCAAGCUGGGCAAGCCCAUACCAUCAUCUGAGCCAGUGCUGGUUAAUUCUGCAUCAGUUAUUACAACCACAACAGCUGGCAAACCUCCCGUCACUACCUCCACUCCUGCAUUAGUGUCAGCCACUUCAACUCCCACUGUGGCACCUAAACAGGUGGCUGUAAAUGCCGUGACUAAAAUGUCAGCGCCAGUUAAGAGGCCGGCUCCUUCCAAAGCAACAACCAUUUCUAAUAAGCCAGUCAGUGCACCAGCAGCAGUGGCAUCAAAGCCUGAGGAACCCACACAGCAUUCUCCUGAGAAGAAUGAGCCUCAGAGUGAAGAUGAGGAUGGAGACAGAACUGGAGGGCAGAAGGACAUCCAACCAGUGGGGCAUGACUAUGUGGAGGAGGUGCGAAAUGAUGAUGGGAAAGUGAUUCGUUUUCACUGUAAACUUUGUGAAUGCAGCUUCAAUGACCCCAACGCCAAAGAUAUUCACCUGAAGGGAAGAAGGCACAGACUGCAAUACAAGAAGAAAGUAAACCCAGAACUUCCUGUAGAGAUCAAACCCAGUAAUAGAGCCAAAAAGCUGCAGGAGAGCAAGCUGAAGAAACAGAAGCAGAAGGCGGUGCUAAAGAAACAAAGAGAUGAUGAGCAGCGCUGGCACAUGGAGAUGAGGAGAUAUGAGGAGGACAUGUACUGGAGGAGAAUGGAGGAGGACCAGAUGUACUGGGGGGAGCAAAGACGCAGGAUUGCUCCUCCACCACUGAUGAGCCGCCCCGGCAUUCCUGUACCCCCUCUGGUGACGUGUGUACGUCGACCAGACUCGCCUGACGACCGUCACAUAAUGGCGAAGCACUCCACCAUUUACCCAGUGGAAGAGGAACUGCAAGCAGUCCAGAGGAUUGUCUCUCACUCAGAGAGAGCCCUCAAACUGGUGUCAGACUCCUUGCUAGAAAAGGAAACACCAGCUGCUGCUGCUGAGGGCGGCGACCAGAAAAGCAGUGAGAAUUCGGGACGGCUGCUGAAAGGAGUGAUGAGGGUUGGAAUCCUGGCGAAAGGUCUGCUGCUUCGUGGGGACAGAAAUGUGGAGCUCAUUCUACUGACUGCUAAAAAACCCACCAUCUCUUUACUAAAGACCAUUGCGAUGAACCUUCCCAAGGAACUGGCAACAUUUUCUGAAGAUCAUAUGAGGUGGCAGGCUCCAUCCAGAGGGGCGAACAUCGUGGUAUUUCAAGCAAGGAGCCCAAUGCAGGUGACCAUUUCACUCACCUCGCCGCUGAUGAGGGAGGACCCUGCUGCUGAGAAGGACAUGCAGGCAGGAGGAAAAUCGGCUGAGAAAGGUGUAGCUGAGAAGGAUCCUCAUGAUCUUCUGAGCAAGAAGAAAUGUCUGGAAUAUCUGGCUGCUCUCCGUCACGCCAAAUGGUUUCAGGCCCGUGCAAAUGGCCUGCAGUCCUGUGUUAUCAUCAUCCGGGUCCUGAGGGAUUUAUGUCAGCGUGUGCCCACAUGGGGAAAAAUGCCCAGCUGGGUGACAGAGCUGCUGGUGGAGAAGGUCAUCAGCAGUGCUACAAGUCCACUCAGCCCUGGCGAGGCAAUGCGCAGAGUCCUGGAGUGCAUCUCCUCUGGCAUCUUGCUGCCAGAUGGACCAGGUUUGAUGGAUCCCUGUGAGAAGGAGCCAACAGAUGCUUUGGAAAGCAUGACGCUUCAAACCGAGAGAGAUAUUACUGCUAGUGCACAGCACGCUCUGCGACUACUUGCUUUCCGUCAGAUCCACAAGGUCCUCGGCAUGGAGUCUUUACCAUCAUCCAAGGCCGGUGCACGGAAUCGCAAAAGGAGACGUGACGUCAGCGACUCAGGCGAAGGGGAGGGUGAGGGCAAGAAAGACAAGAAGGAUGAAACGGCGAAUGCUUGACCUCUGCUUCCAGAGCAGCAUAGAGACUGUUAGAAUGUCAGAACCUUUCUUAUAUAGCCGGAUAAAAAAGAUUAACACACAGGUAUAAUAUAAAUAUAAUUAACUUUACUUGUAAUACAUUUAUCCUUGAAGUAAAAGGAAAAGUGUUGGCGCUGAGAAUCAAUAUGACAAUUUGUUCUGCAGUGAAAUCACUGCAGGUGUAUGUUAAAAUAUGGAAAGAAAAUUGGCUCUGUAGAGGGAAAAAAAUGACAUCAUUCCGUUUCUAGUAUUAUUGUGAACUAACUACUGACCAUCCUACCUGUUUUUUGAGAGUAGUUGGAGUACCCACUGUCACCUGUAAUUGUUUCAUAUAUUGUCACACAAAGCACAGUUCAGUCAUCAGCAUUUCUAUUUCACUUUCAGUUAUUUUUAAAAAGUAAAUCCCUGCUGCUCUCCAGUUUUACCAUCAGACGCUUUGUCAUUGGUAACUUACUGACAUAAUAUUUGUGCUCGGGCUUUGCACACUGAACUAUUUAUUCAUAGGCUUUUACAAAAACAUGGUUUUAUUUCUUCAAGAUU